AUGGUCUCCGUCAACUCCUCCACCUUCUUCUCCACGCACUUCGUGAUUAAGUUCAUCAUCUUGGCCUCCAGAUCCUGGGUUUUGCCCGAGGCUUUUGACACCCGCGAGACCGCACACCGGGCGCUCACCUCUGUGCGAGCCGUGCCCGGCUCGUCGACGGCCCCCGGCACCGGAGCUGGAGCUUCCGAGGCAGGCGCGGGCUCUCCGCCUCGCUUGCGCGCGGCCUUCAUCUCCGCCAGGGUGAAGGCGUCCGUCACACCGCUGGGAUUGCUGCCCCAGGCACUGCCCCAAGGGCAGGUGGCACCAACGCUGUUCUUGGGGGCGUACUGGGCCAUGGCGAUGAAAGGAGUCUUUCAAGGUCCCAGGUUGCUUGAUCCAGACUCUGAAGCAAGAAACUGCGCGCUAAAAACGCGCAUGCCCGCGCAGCUGCUGCUUCACGCUCAAACAUCCCAGACUCGCGCCUACUUCCAUGUGCUACAGUCAUAUCAAAUGAUCAAGCAGUCUAAUAUGGCAAUGCCUCUUGAACGCACCAUGCAUACCAUCUAUCUCAACAUCAGGGUAGCCACGACAAUUUUAACAUAA